AUGGUCCUUGAUAGCAUUACUGUUGAAGUUUUUGAGAGAAAAUGGACAGAAUAUAUUGCAAAUUAUAAUUUGCAUACAAGGAAUUGGUUCAACAAGCUUUACUCCGAGAAGGAAAAAUGGAUUGUUGUGUACCUUGAUGUAUAUUUUUGGGAUGGUAUGCUAUCUACGCAAAGAAGUAAGGAGAUGCAUGCAUUCUUUGGUGGAUAUAUUACCCGUCAAAGCACUCUUAGUAUGUUUGUUCACCAAUAUGAGUUAGCUAUAAGAGCUAAGCAUGAAAAAGAGUUGGAAGCAGAAUACAGGUCAAAGGGCUUUCAAAUUGUGUGUGAGUCAUUGUUCAAGUGGGAGGAGCAGGUAAUUCAGUGUUAUACGCGUACAGUGUAUGAAUUUUUCAAGACACGGCUAAGGAAAUUUUAUCAUUAUGAAGUCAGCAGCCCCGAUGAUCAUCAAUUUGUCCCUAGUGUUGAGAAAUUCAUCGUUAAUGAUUAUUCAGUUGUACCAAAAAAUGGUGGAAAUCCAGUAAAGUACAUUGUUGAAUAUACACCUAUCAGUGAUUAUUUUAGUUGCAGCUGCAAAUGGUUCGAGUCUAGAGGGAUACUUUGUUGCCAUAUACUCAAGAUCUUGUCACACAAGAAGAUUGAUAAAAUUGGCGGAAGGUAUAUACUAACAAGGUAG